AUGUCCACCCUCGUACCCAGACCGCCCUAUACGGAUGCCGAGCUGGCCGCCCUGUAUCCCCCUCAGCUCCGCCUUCAGCAGGUCCAGAUUCUUCUUCGUCAUGGCGAACGCACCCCGGUCAAUGCUCGCUUCACAAAUACCGGCCUGGCGCCCUUCUGGCCCUAUUGUUCCUCCUUUCGCAACUUGCGCUCCGCCAUCCUCGACCCGGCCGCCACUGCCGCCGCCGAGGGCAAACCCUUCUCCACCUUUGAAUGGAAGCGCCGUCUCGAGACAUUUGGUGCCAAUGAUGCUGCCGUCGUCGCCGCCGGCCCCAAGGGCGAGCUAGACGGGAUGUGCGACAUGGGCAUGCUCACGGACCGCGGCCGCGAGACUACGCUCGAGCUUGGCCAGAGGUUGCGGAGGCUUUAUGUCGACCAGCUUGGCUUCCUCCCUGCGGGCAUCAAGGAUACCGACUUUCUGUACCUUCGUGCCACUCCAAUUCCUCGAGCCCUGGAGUCUAUGCAGCAGACAUUCCACGGCCUAUACCCACCGCACACCCGCGCCCCGGACCUGCCUCCUCCAAUGGUCCUCGCCCGCACGCCGUCUGACGAGACGCUGUUCCCCAAUGACGGCAACUGUCGGCGAUUCGCUGCCCUGUCGCGAGCAUUUGCGCAGCGAGCUGCGGAUCGCUGGAACGAUUCGGAUGAUAUGGCCUUCCUGAAUAAGAGACUCGGCAAGUGGAUGCCCGACGACAGUCCCAAGGUUGCCGUUGAUGCGCGUCCGAGACUCAGCGGCAUCAUGGACACAAUCAACGCCACCAAGGCCCAUGGCCCGGACACAAGAUUGCCGAGCGAGUUCUAUGACCCCAAAGUCAAGCAGAUCGUCGAGAAGAUUGGUGUUGAGGAAUGGUUUGCCGGGUAUAAGGAGAACCGCGAGUACCGCACUCUCGGCAUCGGUGGCCUGCUCGCUGAUGUUGUCUCCCGCAUGGUUGGGAGCGCCGAGCACACCACAGCAGAUGGACGAUAUGAGGUAACGUCCAAGUCCCGCCUCCCCGGUGCCACGAGGCCCGUGCAAUUCGGGCUGAGCGGCUGCCACGACACAACUCUUGCCGCGGCCCUGUCCAGUCUGGGCGCCUUCAACACGGAUGCAUGGCCACCGUUCACCAGCCACAUCGCCAUCGAGCUCUUCCGCCACGCCGAAACUCCGGCACCCACAGCUUCGUCCAAGUCAGCCUCGCAGCUAUCCUCGUGGCUGCCCUCAUUUCUGGGCGGCUCGCGCGCCGGAGAGCCACCCUCCGGCAUCGGUCGCAAGCCCACCAGCGACCUGAGCGAUGCGGAAAGGGCCAAGCUCCAGGGCUACUACGUCCGCGUUCGCUACAACGACCAGCCCGUUACGGUGCCCGGGUGCAAGGCCGCGGGUAAACACCUUGAGGGCGACGAGUCGUUCUGCACACUGGAGGCGUUCAAGUCCAUCGUAGACAAGUUCACGCCUCGCAACUGGAAGGCCGAGUGCCGCGCCAAUGUCAAGGCACCGGCAUUCCCAGCCAAGGAGGAACCUGCUGGGUUCUAG